CUCCUCUCAUCUCCUCCUGUCCAAGGACCUGAGCAUGACUCCUCUGAUAUUUCUCUGAGACUUAACGGACGACCCGCCGGUAGCAUGGCUUCAUAUCUAGAGAUCGCCGAUGAUGAGAAAGGCCACGAGCUAGACCUUUUCUGUGUCCCCAGGCAUUAUGAGAAUGAUCUGGAAAAGGUGAUCAUCCCCCAUGGACUUAUCAUGGACAGGACAGAACGUUUGGCCCGCGACAUCAUCCGGGAUAUGGGGGGACACCACAUCGUAGCUCUGUGCGUGCUGAAAGGGGGCUACAAGUUCUUUGCAGACCUCCUGGACUACAUCAAGGCGCUAAACCAGAACAGUGAUAAAUCAGUCCCGCUGACAGUGGAUUUCAUUAGAGUGAAGAGCUACUGUAAUGACAAGUCAACAAACAAUGUCAAAGUCAUCGGAGGGGAUGAGCUGUCCAAUCUCUCAGGCAAGAAUGUUUUGAUUGUUGAGGAUAUUGUGGAGACAGGAAGGACGAUGCAGACGCUACUUUCCCUGCUGAGUGAAUGUAACCCCAAGAUGGUUAAAGUCGUAAGUCUUUUGGUGAAGAGGACCCCAAGAAGUUCAGGGUACAGACCAGACUACAUUGGGUUUGAGGUGCCAGAUGCCUUUCUGGUGGGCUAUGCUUUGGACUACAAUGAGUACUUCAGAGAUCUCAGCCACAUCUGCAUACUGAACGAUCAAGCCAAGGAGAAGUACAAAGUGUAAACUGAUGAAGCGCUGCAGAGAUGAUGACUGAAAUCAAUGACGACUAGGACCACUGUGAUGACCCUCCAUAGCUUUGCUGUGUUUUGAAUCUUUAUUUUUCUACACAAGAAUCCACAACAUGUGACUUGUGGGUUGUAAAUAACCUUGAGGAAUAUUUCUUUUCACCCAUAUUAAAUAAAUGGGAUUAUUAUUAUUAUUAUUAUG